AUUACCUACAUGAAUAUAAAGUGAACGUAACACGUUGGGAAAUGUUGCCACGAUGAAUUUUCUCAUUUUACGCUGCGCGCGCGAAAAUUUCAUUUCAAUUUUAAAUACACCCGGUUCAUUGAAAGUUUAACCUUAGUUAAAUGACGGCUCUACUGUCGAUAUGGUUAUUCGUGGCUGUAAUCGUACGAGCCACCGAAAGCUCAAACAUCUGUUGCGAGCGUAAUGCAUUAAUAUCGUCUAAUUUGAAGUGUCAAAAUGGCUCAAAGUUAACGUUUACUUGUAACGAUGGCGAUUCGUGGCUGUUGGAUAGAAAUUUGCCUGACCAGGAAUUUUUUAUCAACACGACAACGGAAUACUUGUCGUAUAACGAUGUGGAAAUUGAACCAGCCAGAUAUUGUAUCAAUUUGAUGGAAGUAGAUCCUGAAGAACCACAGCAUGAAAUCGCAAUCGUAUGCAUUGAGAAAGAAUCGCCGGAAGAAGAUGAUACACCGAACAUAGCACCAAUAAUAAUCUUCGCCAUAUUAGAAAUAGCCACCGUAGUUUUUUUGCUCAUCGUUAUAUUCGUUUAUUUGGCAUUACCGGAACUUCGAGAUCUCCAAGGAAAAUGUAUUUUACAUUUUCUGAUCAACUACACAGUUCUGUUCAUAAUUACCGAUACCUUACACUACCAUUAUUCGUUGUCAUGCGUUAUUAAAGCGUAUAGUUUCUACUUUUUCUCACUUUGUGCUUGGUGCUGGUUAUGUGUAUCGUCUUUCAACAUAUGGAAAGCGUCGAUAGUAAAAAACUUGGAAGAUUCUCGAACAUACUGUAUGUUUCUUCUGUACGGAUAUGGGAUUCCGGUGAUGAUGCUUUUCCUGAUGCUACUCAUACAAAUUCUUCCUGGCAAUCAUCUGAAGCCGAAUUUCAACAAUAGUAAUUGUUGGUUUACAGGUAGUUUGUUUCUAAAACAAGAUUACAUGACGAGAUGGUGGUAUUACCACGUACCAAUUGCUGUACUACUUUUGGGCACAUUUUUCUUUUUCAUCGAUACGAGUAGAAGACUGAGGGUAACGCACCAUACGAGAAUUAAUAUCCAUCGAAAAAAAGCUCUAAAAACGAGGUGUUGCUUGUACUUAAAAUUAUCCAUAAUUGUGGGACUGACUUGGAUUUUGGAAAUUCUAUGCAACGAAGUGUUUCCUUCCUUUAAAGCUCUCAUUCUGAUAACAGAUAUUUUGAACUGUUUGCAAGGUUUUCUCAUCUUCAUUACUUUAAUCGCAACUCGAAAUAAGGUGCUGAAAGCUAUCGCGAAACGAAAACCUUGCGGGCUGAACUGCUUCCCUAAUUCUUGGGUUACUGCUAUUGACAUGGAAAAUGAAGAAGAAAAUCGUAAUCGAUACCAUCAUAUUAGUAUUACCGAAACCGAAUUCAUAGAAAUACCGAUGAAAACAUUGAACAGUACUAUUUAAAAAUGGUGCAGAAUUGAAACAAAAAAAUGUUGAAUUGAAUGAUUUUCUUUCUGUGAAAUAAGGAACGAUGAAAUGAGACUAUGUAAUGUUGGAAUUUUUGAAAUCAAAUUAUUUAUUUAUU